CACCCUUCAGUUUCAUCAUAUCAUACUGUUAUCAGAUGUGGAGUCUCACUAACCACUUUAAUAGUAACUUGUGUCCCGAAUACUGUUUAUUUGUCUUAGUUACAGAUAGUGAAAUAAAAUGGAAAACGAUUGUUUCAUAAUUGUAUACUCAGCUUGGUCAAGACAAUAACUCGAGAACGAGGGGCGUAGGAUUUUGAAUUGAUACCAUUGGUGCAUCUACUAAAGUUCUGGGGUCAGUUUGAAUAUCAGUGACCUUGACCUCAAGUUCAAAGGUCAAGUUUUCUGAAAAUCUUGUGAAUGCUACAACUCGGUGACAAGAAGUAAGUCUCCUAGGUUGUUUAAAUUUGUACCAUAGGUGCAUUUACUAGGAGGCUGAAGGGUUGCACUGGGGGCCAUCUGUAGAGGUGUAGAGUCAACAACCUGUCUCUGAAUGUGGACAAAACAAAAGAAAUUGUUGACUUCAGGAGAGCACAGAGAGAUCACUGCCCACUUAACAUCAAUGGAUCCUCCAUGGUGAUUGUCAAGAGCACCAAAUUCCUUGGUGUCCACCUGGCGGAGAACCUCUCCUGCUCCCUCAACACCAGCUCCAUAACCAAGAAGGCCCAGCAGCGUCUCUACUUCAUGCAGAAGCUGAGGAAAGCCCAUCUCCCACCAUCCAUUCUCACCACCUUUUACAGUGGGACUAACGAGAGCAUCCUAAACAGCUGCAUCACUGUCUGGUAUGGUAACUGCAGCGUAUUGGAUUGCAGUACCGUACAACGGAUAGUGAGAGUAGCUGAGAAGAUCAUUGGAGCCCCUCUCCCCUCCUUAUAGCACCCGCUCCAUCCACGAAGCCACCAGCUUGGUGGAGGACCCCACACACCCUUCAAACACUCUUCACCCUGCUGCCUUCUGGAAAGAGGUCCCAGAGCAUCCGGGCCCUCACUACCAGACUAUGGAAAAGUUUUUUCCCACAAGCCGUCAGACUCCUGAACACUCAGUGACUGAACUGGCACACGCACACCUUCACACACGUCACUACCAAGCACUUAUCUGCAGUAUCUCACACUCAUACACACACACACACACACAGACACCAAGUUACUUUUGCACAAUACUCAGCAUUUUGCACAUUUCCAUUGUCUUGUGUCUGUAUCGUCCUGUGCUGUCUAGUGUUGCACUGUUUUGUCUUGUUUAUUUUUGCAAUUUAUGCACACUGCACUUUAUGUAGUCCUGGGUUUGUCCGUUAUAUGUCAUAUGUAGCACCAGGGUCUCGGAGGAACGCUGUCUCAUUUCACUCUGUACAGUACCACUGCACGUGGUUAAAAUGUCAAUAAAAGCCACUUGAAUUGACUUGACCUGUAUUUUUUAGGGGUUGCUUAGAGACGAGUACCAUACAGUUCAAAUGAGCAUACAUUCCAAAAUAUGCAAAUUAGCCCCCUACAUCAUAAUGAUGAUGCUUGGUGUUCAGGGUAUGAACAUUCUAUGCUGAAAGUUUAGAAAUACACAACCUUUGACAGCUUGUUUUCAGUUGAACUUUUGCAAAGCUGAGAAGAUUUUCACUGCGAUCACAUUAAGUCCAAAGAUGUUUAAACUUCUUUUUCACAGAAAGAAAUCAAACAAACAAAACGUGGCAGAGAAGGAAAUUCCUUCUACGUCUCAACAGAGCAUCCCGGAUGCUUCUGUUGCUGCCACACCAACUAACCCUGAAAAUGGUAAAAAGAAGAAGAAGAAGAGAAAAUGGAGGCACUUCUUCUGCUGUUCCUCGCAAACUGACAGCGAUUCAGAGGCAGAGACCACCACUGUAAAGACACAAAAAAAGUCUCGCUGGUCUCUUUUUAAAUUCUGGAAGAGAAAAAGGCAGGCUGCUCCUGAAACGACAGGGGAACCUGAUAAAAUCAGUGACAGCACAGGUAAGGAAUGUGGUGAAAGCUCCCAUCAGGUAAAAAACACCACUGAAAAGAUCCCAGCAGACCUGAGUUGGGACACUUUGAUUAUGGAGCUUCUGGACCAAGAGAGUGGAUGGGAGCAUGUGUUUAACAGCAGUGGAGUCUGCGGUGGAAAAACAAUAGAAAAUCAAACUGAGACUACAGACUGCUUCGGGUUUCCAAACAUCGGAAACACCUGCUACAUGAACUCCUGCCUGCAGAGCCUCCUCAACAUUGAGGACUUCAUUAGAGACAUCAGCCGUCAGGAGGUUUUGUGGAGCGCAGUCCCAGAAGCUCAGCUCUUAAGAAGGCUCACUGACAUCAGGGACUGUCAUGACUCAACAGAUUAUGGCCUUAAAGAUCACCACCUGAGAUCUUUUAAGAAGGCAUUCAGCAGUCAAGCUCCUGAAUACACAGGCAGUGCACAGAAAGAUGCUCAUGAAUUCCUAACAUUGUUCCUCAAUGAGGUCAAAAGGCUCUCACCUCACCUGAAGAGGAACGCAGCUCUCCUGGGCCAAAAUUAUACCUGCCCAGUAGAAGACCAUCACGUUUUCAAAAUGGAAAACAUGAGGACAUGCAAGGGCUGCGGUCACCAAUCAUCACAGCAAGAGGAAUUCACCAGCUUGUCUCUUGACCUGGUUCCAGAGGGGUCUGUUGAGGACAUGCUAGAGACAUACUUGAAGGAACAAGAAAUAGAAUUUCGCUGUGAUUGUGGAGGGACGACCUCAGAACUGAAGUCAUCUUUUGAUACACUGCCAAGAGUUCUCAUCUUGCACCUGAAGAGGUUUGGCUUUACACAAACCUAUGAGAUUCAGAAGGUGGAUGACCCCGUCAGGCUGCAGAGGGACUUGGUGGUGCCAUCCAAUCAGGGUGGUGGCUGUUACAGUCUUGUCAGCAUCAUCAGUCAUUAUGGAGGCACAGAAUCAGGACACUACAUCUGUAAUUCUGUCCAUCCCGAGGAGAGUCCAUACUCUACAUCGGAUAAUUGGCUCACCUAUAAUGACGCACAGGUGCUCCACACAACUGGAUCUGCAGCUUGUGAAGAACAGCAGAACUCGGCCUACAUCCUGUUUUACAAGAGAAACUUCUGAAGCAGGAUAUGGAAGGAAGCAUGAUAAGGUCAUCAUCAUGCUGAGAAGGAACAACAGUCGUCCCAGCCCACCAUCGCAGACUGCAGGUAAGUAUUGGCCUUAGGAGGAAGGGUCCUCCCAGAGAGCCUGGUUCCUCCCAAGAUUUCUUCCUCCAGGAGGGAGUUUUUUCUUGCCACCGUCGCCCCACAUUCACUGGUCUCAUUAGCAGAGACAUUUUUAACCUCCUAAGACCUGAACUCUAUCAUGGCAUGCAUUUUUAAUUUCUCUGUGCCAUUUGGGUUGAUUGGGACCUGAUGAAUGCUUCUCAAAACAUGAGAUCCACAUAUGAGGACAUUCAUUUUAAAUUUCGAUUGAACAGUGGCUGUGUAAUGUCCUCCUAAAUAGAUAUCAGGUCUUUGUAGAGCAAAAUGUUGUGGACAACCCAAAAUGUGAUGUCCACAUAUGUGGACACCAGGUCCUAGGAGGUUAAAAGAAAUUCUACUAGUAGUGCACCACUACUAGAGACAGUCCUUUUGUGGACCAGUGUUUGGCUUGCUCUCUGGGAACAACAAACAAUUAAACAAAUAAAUUAAUAAUAAAAUCAGUGCUCUCAGUGUUAAUCUCGUUAAAAUGAGAUUAACACUGA